AUGGCUGCGAUCUUCGCGGUGGGCCCGUGCCGAGGUCAGACGGGCGCGCCUCCCAUUCCUGCCACGGAGGACCCGUGCGCUCUGAGCGCAGUGCUGGCUGUAAGCUACCCGUCGCUCUCCAUGGAAUGCGGUGAUGCGGUGGAGCUGAGCUUGGUCAGUGAUGAAAAGCCGCCCAGCACUGUGGCGUACCAGGGAGCGAAUCCGAAUUUGAAUUACACGCUAAUGAUGGUUGACCCGGAUGCGCCUUCAGCCAGCAACCCAUGGCGUGCUUACGUUAUACACUGGCUCAUCACAAAUAUUGGAGGCGAUGAGCUCCGUGUGGGUCAAUACGCCAAUGGAACUGAAGUCAUGGGGUACAUAUCGCCAGGCCCGCUCGAGGGAACCGGCUUCCAUCGCUACCAGUUCUUUACGUUUUCCCAGCCGGGACCUUUAGCCGUCAUCCCACCCGGCAGCAGGCUUGACUUCGACGUUGCUGCCUUUCAGUCAGACCACGGUCUGGACGAACCGAUGGCCGGGUACCAGUUCAGGACCCAGAGGGCAGAUGGGUCCGGAGGGGCGGCCAUCUUGGGUACAGAUCGCUGCGUCAUGGCCAUGUUGGCAGUUUAUGCAGUCCUACAAUUAUUUUAGUCUGUGUACUGGGGUCGAGUCUUGUCGCGGACCAUGAAAGCACUGUGUCUUGAGUCUAACAUAGGUUAAGCAGACAGUAAAAUAACAGCCUUGAUUUCUUUUGUUUAUACAUAUUGGCGGCCAUUUCGUAUCAGCCGCCUAGUUUACAGAAAGUCCUCUGUUGGCUGGACAUCGACAAACUUUGAGCUGAGCCAAUGUGAUUACACAAUGUAGAUAAAAUCGACUUUGAUUACGUCGAUUGAGUAUGCAAAAGCGAAAGUUGAUGUCGAUUAAGAUGUCACCAGGAAAGACUUUGUCCAACAACCUGUGGGUAAGUUGCACGUUCUGUAGGCUAGUAAUAAUGCAGCAGAGGCACGCACUAGGCACAUUCAUGUUGGUUUCUACACAUCAAAACUUUUACUCUAUGCACCUCGAGCUGGACCAAGAGAAGGCGCAAUUUUCCCAGCAAUGAAGGCUCCUUUGGUUGGGACUCAGUGCACUUCUCUGGUUCAGAAACGACUAUGAAAUGCAUGCGUGACGGGCGUGUAAUUACCAGCGAAAAGGAAAACUCCCGACUAACACUGC